ACAAAUUGUAAACACACUUUUUCAUUAUUCCAUUAUUCAUUUUUUCUGAUUUGUUUUCUCUCUCUUCGGUCGAUCCAUCUCCUCUCUCUCGCAAACCCUAGACUCUAGUACCUGCUAAUAUUCCAUUUCGCGGAGAUUGACGUCAGCGUGACAAGGGCCGGGCAGAGGGUUUUUGAUGUGGUGGUGAACGGGAAGAACGCGAGCAGGGUUGACGUGUUCAAGGAGGUCGGAGGUUUUGCAGCCUACGAUUUGAGCUAUGUGGUGAGGAAUCUGAGCAGCACGAUUUUGAGCGUGAGGCUAGUGCCGGUGGUCGGGUCGCCGGUUCUCUGUGGGCUUGAAAAUUACGCCAUUGUGCCGGUUGAUCUCAGGACCACACCUGAUCAGGUGGUUGCAAUGAGGGCACUAAAAGGCAUCUCUGCAUGUGCCAGAAAGAAUGGGUUGGAAUGGCGAUCUAGGUACUUUAAGCCCUCGAAGAAACCUGGAGGAAAUAUACUAAAGAUCUUUUCGUACACGUGGCUGUUCUACUGCCAGAUGUUCUUGAAGUUGCUGGCAACCCGCGAGCCCCACGCCUUCAUCAACGCGGAAUGCAUCGGUUUGCCAUGCGGGAUUCUGAACCGCACUGCGCUGAUGAGUGCGUGGGGCUCGCGGGUUGCCAGCAACUUCAAGAACAUUUGGCAGCAGAACCGUCACGUGUACGAAAAGGUCUUUAGUAUCUUUUCUCCAGGUUUCUUCUUGACUGAGGGCUUAGAGUAUCUCUUUUGGGAGUUACCAAAGUACAGGUCCGAUGAAGCGGCGGGUGAUGAAUUGAUAAGAGAUCUCGGGAGCCAAGGGCUGAAAGGUUAUAUAAGUGACCAAAUUGGCCUCUUGACGAACUUGGUAAGCCUGGAUUUGUCGAACAACAAAUUUACUGGAUUCAUACCAGAUAGUCUAACCUCGUCAAGUUUGCAACUUGUGUUACUGAAUAUGAUAAUGCAUUGGAAGGACAAGUUCCAGAGGAAAUUUAUUCAAUUGGGGUACAUGGUGGAGCCAUAGACCUUUCUCGCAAUAAAAGAUUGUGUGGCGUGCCUUCUUUGCUCGAUUGUCCAUUGUUUUGGGGGAAAAACGGGUUAUCUACUCUGGCUAAAAUUGGAAUAGGCCUAUCUUGCAUGGUUAUUUUAUUUUUGCUAUUGCUGGGAUUAUACUAUUUCUGCAAGAGGAGGCACAAUGAUUAUGGCUUUGGUCUACCUCAUGAACUUAUAGCACUCUCUUCAAAGACAAACAGAUAUCAUCGACAAAAAUCUUUGAUGACCCUUGAAAUGGAAAGCCAACACGCAAAAGGAUUUAUUCGGAGUUACAGUGCAAAUUGAUUACGAGCAUCUUCUGUAAGAGAAGAGCAAAAAUUUUGAUAGGUUCAACUUACAAAGAUGAUGUAGAUAAUGUUCGGUGACCAUUUAAUGUUUUCAGAUUGCGCAAAAGGGUACAAAAUUCCGAAAUUUGCACAACACACUGGUUCGAGGUGGUGUAUAGUUCUCUUGAAUUCAAUUUCUUUUCAUUAGCUUAUGUGCAGCGUUUACAAGUCAUUUAGUAUGUAUUGGCCACAUAAUUGUACCAUAAUCAGUUGUUGACCAUUUUAGAACAUGUAAUUUGACACCUGCAAAAUUCCAUUGGUAAAAUAGCUAACAAUAAUGCAAUGUGGUCAUUGCUUAAUUUCAACAUUGGUUCUGUUUUCAUAUUCUUUUAUGGGUCUUCUAUUGCUAAUUGAAAUGUAGUUUGGGAAGGAAACUGGAUUA